AUGAAAGAGGAGAAUAACGAGAAUGUACCAGAAAGUGACAGUUCAACGAAAUCGAGACCAAAGAGGCUCUUUGGGGAGGUGGAACCAGAACUAGCCAGAGAGAAGUUCAGGCAGCUUGCGCUGAAGGAGCGUGGAAGCAACACGAGCAACAAGGAAUACGAGUUUCCACCAGUUCAGAAGGUGGAAGCUGUUGGUGCACUUUCUUCACCACAAAAGAGGAGGAAAUCAACCAGUUCAAGUAGUAGGCCAAGUGACGUCAUUAAGGUUGAGCCGCCUAAGAAUUCAGAAAAUGUGAAAUCGUUCAAUGACUUCGAUGAGAAGAUAUUUGAGAUGGAUGAGACUCGUGGGAUGUUUGUGUGCCCUGUUUCAGGAUGCGAGAAGGAGUUUCCUUCUCUCUCGCGAAUAAAGAGGCACUAUAUUAUUCACACUGAUAUUAAGCCAUUCAAGUGCAAGAACAAGGAUUGUGAUAGGAGAUUCAGUAGAAAGGAUAAUAUGUUGCAGCACUACCGUACACACUGUCCAUACACCAAGUAA